UUUUUAUAACCGUAGAGGUGUUUGCAUUGAACCAACAUUGGAGUUCAUUUUCGUUUGCUUUUAUUACCUUAUUUGCAAUGGAAGGAAAGCUUUUCUUAAAACAAUACUUGAUAUGGGUGAUGAUACUACUGUUGGGGCAGCUACAUGGAUACAAAAGCUGUAUUUUGAAAGAAAGGAACGCUUUGUUGGACCUCAAAAAAUUCUUGAUCUCAACUACUGAAGGAGGGCAAUCCGAACCUGUUCUCCCUACUUGGACCAAUGACACCACGAGCGAUUGCUGUCAAUGGGAGCGUGUUAAAUGCAACUCUACAAGCGGGCGGAUACUCGAGCUUUCAAUUCGUGGACUAAACCUCAAAGAGAGUUCUCUCCUAAAUCUUUCUUUGCUGCAUCCCUUUGAAGAAGUUCAGAGUCUAGACUUAUCAGAGUCCAAAUUUGGUGGUUUCUUUGAUGGUGCGGAAGUUUAUAAAAGCCUCAGUAGAUUAAGAAACCUUGAGAUUCUUGAUCUCUCGUCAAAUAAAUUCAACAGCAGCAUCUUUGCUUUUCUUAAUGCUGCUACAUCACUUACGACUCUGCUUCUUCAGGGAAACAACAUGAAUAGCCCUUUUCCUGCUAAAGAGCUUUCCCCUUUGGUGAAGCUGAAAUUUUUGGAUUUAAGUGGUAAUGGAUUUUCUGGCUCAAUGGAAUUGCAAGGCAUUUGCAAACUGAAAAAUCUGCAAGAGCUCGAUCUCAGUCAAAACAAUCUUGUAGGUGAAUUUCCCUUAUGUUUAACUGUCUUGACUGGACUUAGAGUUCUUGAUCUCUCAUCGAAUCAAAUGACUGGGAAGCUACCAUCUUCUCUCGCUAACCUUGAAUCCCUUGAGUACUUUUCGUUGUUCGAUAACAACUUUGAAGGCUUCUUCUCCCUCGAGUCACUGGCCAACCUCUCAAUGCUUAAGGUGUUUGGAGUUAAUUCAAGAUCCAACUCAUUCCAAGUGGUUUCAGAAGGUUCUUGGAAGCCAAAAUUUCAGUUGAACGCCAUUGCACUAUGGUCUUGCAACUUGGAGAAGCUUCCUCAUUUUCUCCUACACCAAAAGGAUUUGCGCCUUGUUGAUCUCUCCGACAACAAUAUAUCUGGACAGUUCCCAUCCUGGCUGUUGGCAACUCGACGUGUUGCUUCUCAGGGAUAACUAUUUGACAAGCUUCCAGCUGCCAAAAUCAGAACAUAAUCUGCUGUUCCUUGAUCUCUCGGUUAAUAAAUUCGACCAUCUAUUACCUGAGAAUAUUGGGUGGAUACUUCCUCGUCUACUGUCUCUUAAUAUCUCAGAUAACGGUUUUCAAGGAAGCCUGCCAUCUUCUCUGGGUAACAUGAAGAGUAUUAAUAAUCUUGAUAUAUCUCACAACAGUUUUGGCGGGAAGCUACCAAGAAGUUUCGUAGAGGGUUGUUAUUCCUUGUCAAUCCUGAAGCUUUCACAUAACAAACUAAGUGGAGAGGUGUUUCCAGAAUCAACAAACUUCACUCGUGUAUCUCAGCUGUCUAUGGAUAACAAUCAGUUCACGGGAACAAUUGGACAAGGUUUGAGGAGACUGAGAUCGUUGUAUAUGCUUGACGUUUCAUACAACAAUCUCACAGGUGUUAUUCCAAGCUGGUUGGGAAUAAACCAGUUCCUAGGCGCAUUACAGCUCUCUAACAAUAUGUUGGAAGGUGAAAUACCUACUUCCUUGUUCAACAUAUUCAGCCUCCGGCUGUUGGAUCUCUCCGCAAACCGUUUAUCUGGAGGCUUACCUCGAGAACUCAGUUUCAGGACUCCGGUGGUGUUAUACCUGCAAGACAACAACUUAUCAGGGCCUAUUCCAGACACGUUGCUAUCUGUAGAUUUGUAUACCGUAAUUGUGUUAUCUCAUUAGAAAGCCAAUGGCUAAGUAUUUAUACAACCUGAGAAUCGAUGUGAUCUCAAUAUUAACAAGAAGAUUCACCCUUAUCUUAACGACAUAUACAGACUUAUCAACAUA